GCAUUUGCGUCACGUCCGCCCCGCCCGCUGCCACUUGUGGCUCUGCCGCUCUAGCCCUCGGCGGAGACAGCUGCCGCUCUUCGGUGCUAGCCCCGGUGCUGGCCCCGGUGCUGGCCCCGUUGCCCAGGGAACAGGCUCCCGGCAGCCCCCGCGGCCCGGAGUCCAUCCCCGCCUCCUCCGGCCCGGCGGGGCCGACGAGUCCGGAGGGGCUGCCGCGGGAGCCCCCAGGUUUCCCUAGAUGACAAAUAAGCAUUCCUUUUCCUGCGUGAAGAUCGUCUGUGGAAACCUUGGCCAUGGCAUCGAUAUCAGAGCCUGUUACAUUCAGAGAGUUCUGCCCGUUGUACUAUCUCCUCAAUGCCAUUCCGACAAAGAUCCAGAAGGGUUUCCGCUCUAUCGUGGUCUAUCUCACGGCCCUCGACGCCAACGGGGACUACAUCGCGUUGGGCAGCAGCAUCGGCAUGCUCUAUCUGUACUGCCGGCACCUCAACCAGAUGAGGAAGUACAACUUUGAGGGGAAAACGGAAUCUAUCACUGUGGUGAAGCUGCUGAGCUGCUUUGAUGACCUGGUGGCAGCAGGCACAGCCUCUGGCAGGGUUGCAGUUUUUCAACUUGUAUCUUCAUUGCCCGGGAGAAAUAAACAGCUUCGGAGAUUUGAUGUCACUGGUAUUCACAAAAAUAGCAUUACAGCUCUGGCUUGGAGCCCCAAUGGAAUGAAAUUGUUCUCUGGAGAUGACAAAGGCAAAAUUGUUUAUUCUUCUCUGGAUCUAGACCAGGGGCUCUGUAACUCCCAGCUGGUGCUGGAGGAGCCGUCUUCCAUUGUGCAGCUGGAUUAUAGCCAGAAAGUGCUGCUGGUCUCUACUCUGCAAAGAAGUCUGCUCUUUUACACUGAAGAAAAGUCUGUAAGGCAAAUUGGAACACAACCAAGGAAAAGUACUGGGAAAUUUGGUGCUUGUUUUAUACCAGGACUCUGUAAGCAAAGUGAUCUAACCUUGUAUGCGUCACGGCCUGGGCUCCGGCUGUGGAAGGCUGAUGUCCACGGGACUGUUCAAGCCACAUUUAUCUUAAAAGAUGCUUUUGCUGGGGGAGUCAAGCCUUUUGAACUGCACCCGCGUCUGGAAUCCCCCAACAGUGGAAGUUGCAGCUUACCUGAGAGGCACCUGGGGCUUGUUUCAUGUUUCUUUCAAGAAGGCUGGGUACUGAGUUGGAAUGAAUAUAGUAUCUAUCUCCUAGACACAGUCAACCAGGCCACAAUUGCUGGUUUGGAAGGAUCCGGCGAUAUUGUGUCUGUUUCGUGCACAGAAAAUGAAAUAUUUUUCUUGAAAGGAGAUAGGAACAUUAUAAGAAUUUCAAGCAGGCCUGAAGGAUUAACAUCAAUAGUGAGAGAUGGUCUGGAGAUGUCUGGAUGCUCAGAGCGUGUCCACGUGCAGCAAGCAGAGAAGCUGCCAGGGGCCACAGUUUCUGAGACGAGGCUCAGAGGCUCUUCUAUGGCCAGCUCCGUGGCCAGUGAGCCAAGGAGCAGGAGCAGCUCACUCAACUCCACCGACAGCGGCUCCGGGCUCCUGCCCCCCGGGCUCCAGGCCACCCCUGAGCUGGGCAAGGGCAGCCAGCCCCCGUCACAGAGAUUCAACGCCAUCAGCUCAGAGGACUUUGACCAGGAGCUUGUCGUGAAGCCUAUCAAAGUGAAAAGGAAGAAGAAGAAGAAGAAGACAGAAGGUGGAAGCAGGAGCACCUGUCACAGCUCCCUGGAAUCGACACCCUGCUCCGAAUUUCCUGGGGACAGUCCCCAGUCCUUGAACACAGACUUGCUGUCGAUGACCUCAAGUGUCCUGGGCAGCAGCGUGGAUCAGUUAAGUGCAGAGUCUCCAGACCAGGAAAGUGGCUUCAGUGGUGAAGUGAACGGUGUCCCGCAGGAAAAUACUGACCCCGAAACGUUUAAUGUCCUGGAGGUGCCAGGAUCAGUGCCUGAUUCUCUGGCUGAGGAAGAUGACAUUAGAACUGAAAUGCCACACUGUCACCAUGCACAUGGGCAGGAGCUCCUCAAUGGAGUGAGGGAAGAUGUGGGAGGCAGUGAUGUCACAGGACUCGAAGAUAAGCCGUGUCCUGCAGACGAUGGACCAAAUAGCACACAGUUACCCUUCCAAGAACAGGACAGCUCUCCUGGGGUGCAUGAUGGGGAAGACGUCCAACCCAUUGGCCCCCAAAGCACUUUUUGUGAAGUCCCCCUCCUGAACUCACUCACUGUGCCUUGCAGCCUCAGCUGGGCCCCAAGUGCUGAGCAGUGGCUGCCUGGGACCAGAGCUGAAGAAGGCAGCCCCGUGGAGCCCAGCCAAGAGCAGGACGUCCUAACUAGCAUGGAGGCCUCUGGCCACCUCAGCACAAAUCUCUGGCAUGCUGUCACUGAUGAUGACACAGGUCAGAAAGAAAUACCCAUCUCUGAACGUGUCUUGGGGAGUGUGGGAGGACAGCUGACUCCGGUCUCUGCUUUGGCGGCCAGCACUCACAAGCCCUGGCUUGAGCAGCCUCCACGGGAUCAGACGUUGACGUCCAGCGAUGAGGAGGACAUCUAUGCCCACGGGCUUCCUUCUUCAUCCUCGGAGACAAGUGUGACAGAGCUCGGACCUAGUCACUCCCAGCAGGACCUGAGCCGGCUGGGUGCAGAGGAUGCUGGGCUGCUCAAGCCAGAUCAGUUUGCAGAAAGCUGGAUGGGCUAUUCGGGUCCCGGCUAUGGCAUCCUCAGCUUGGUGGUCUCCGAGAAGUAUAUCUGGUGCCUGGACUACAAAGGCGGCCUGUUCUGCAGUGCGUUGCCGGGCGCCGGGCUGCGCUGGCAGAAGUUUGAAGAUGCUGUCCAGCAGGUGGCAGUCUCGCCCUCAGGAGCCCUUCUGUGGAAGAUUGAACAGAAAUCUAACCGGGCUUUUGCUUGUGGGAAAGUCACCAUCAAGGGGAAGCGGCACUGGUACGAAGCCCUGCCCCAGGCAGUGUUUGUGGCCCUGAGCGAUGACACGGCCUGGAUCAUCAGGACCAGUGGGGACCUGUACUUGCAGACAGGUCUGAGCGUGGAUCGCCCUUGUGCCAGAGCCGUAAAGGUGGACUGUCCCUAUCCGCUGUCCCAGAUCACAGCCCGGAACAAUGUGGUGUGGGCGCUGACAGAGCAGAGGGCCCUCCUGUACCGGGAGGGCGUGAGCAGCUUCUGUCCGGAAGGCGAGCAGUGGAAGUGUGACAUCGUCAGCGAAAGGCAAGCUUUAGAACCCGUCUGCAUAACGCUCGGGGAUCAGCAGACUCUCUGGGCCCUGGACAUCCAUGGGAACCUGUGGUUCAGAACUGGCAUUAUUUCCAAGAAGCCCCAAGGAGAUGACGACCAUUGGUGGCAAGUGAGCAUCACAGACUAUGUGGUGUUUGACCAGUGCAGCUUAUUUCAGACGAUAAUCCAUGCCACUCACUCAGUGGCCACAGCAGCCCAAGCCCCCGUAGAAAAGGUGGCAGAUAAGCUGCGCAUGGCGUUUUGGUCCCAGCAGCUUCAGUGCCAGCCAAGCCUUCUCGGGGUCAAUAACAGCGGUGUCUGGAUCUCCUCGGGCAAGAAUGAAUUCCACGUCGCUAAGGGAAGUCUCAUAGGCACCUACUGGAAUCAUGUGGUUCCCCGUGGGACAGCUUCUGCUACAAAAUGGGCCUUUGUGUUGGCUUCUGCGGCUCCCACGAAGGAAGGAAGCUUCCUGUGGCUGUGCCAGAGCAGCAAGGACCUGUGCAGCGUCAGCGCCCAGAGCGCACAGUCACGGCCCUCCACGGUGCAGCUGCCUCCCGACGCCGAGAUGCGCGCCUAUGCCGCCUGCCAGGAUGCGCUGUGGGCGCUGGACAGCCUCGGCCAGGUGUUCAUCAGGACGCUCUCCAAGAGCUGCCCCACGGGCAUGCACUGGACCAGGCUGGACCUCUCCCAGCUAGGAGCUGUAAAAUUGACAAGCUUGGCAUGUGGAAAUCAGCACAUCUGGGCCUGUGAUUCCAGGGGUGGAGUUUACUUCCGUGUAGGGACUCAGCCUCUCAAUCCCAGUCUCAUGCUUCCAGCCUGGAUAAUGAUUGAGCCACCUGUCCAGCCUGCCGGGGUCAGCUUGGUCAGCGUCCAUUCCAGCCCCAACGACCAGAUGCUGUGGGUGCUUGACAGCAGGUGGAACGUGCACGUGCGGACCGGGAUCACCGAGGAGAUGCCUGUGGGAACCGCCUGGGAGCACGUGCCAGGGUUGCAGGCCUGCCAGCUGGCACUGAGCACCAGGACCGUGUGGGCCCGCUGUCCAAAUGGAGACCUCGCCCGGCGGUACGGCGUCACAGACAAGAACCCCGCCGGGGACUACUGGAAGAAAAUUCCCGGCAGCGUGUCGUGUUUCACAGUGACUGCGUCAGAUGAGCUGUGGGCUGUGGGCCCGCCCGGCUACCUCCUCCAACGGCUGACAAAGACGUUCAGCCACUCGCACGGCACCCAGAAGAGCAGCCAGGCUGCCAUGCCCCACCCCGAGGACCUGGAGGACGAGUGGGAGGUCAUCUGAAGGAGCCCUGGCAGAGUCACGCAGAGGGGCCUGGCGUCUGUAGUGGGCACAGUGGCUUCGGAGUCACUCCCUGGUGGACGUGCUGCCGCAACACUUGUCCAGACACCUCUGGCCAGGUUGGACCCGCACACUUACUUUCAUCUAUGUUGGUUUCUGUCUCGUUCCAGAACCCACAGCCUCCACCCAUGGCUGGCGUGAUUGCUGCAGCAGUGGCGCCUCCGAGCUCAGGACAGUGGCGACUGCCCAGCUGCAUGCACUCCGAUUACCCGCGUGCUGCCGUCCUGGUCUCAUCCACAGAUAGCUCCAGCUUUUGUUGGUGGGAGUGGUCUCCGGAGGCCUCCCAGAACCAAGGGUAGCCGGGCAGCUGGUUUGGCCCAGGGCCUCUUUCCACAUUAGUAGCCCCAGGGCCAGAUGGAGCCAAAGGUCAACUCUCUGUAGCGCAGGAUGUGCUCGGUGAUGGCUUUGUCCCAUCAUAGGGGGGUGUCCCCCCAGAGACAAAGCUGCAGAGCACAUUCCACGCCAGAUGCUCUGGCCAGGAAGCCGAGGCCGGGCUUGAGAGGAGAGCGCUGGCCAUGCCAGGAGAGAACACACGCACAUGCACACCACACCACACCACACACCUCACCUCACCACACAACACACCACACCGCACUGCACCAUACCUCACCACAUCUCACCACACCACAGCACACCUCACCACACCAAACCGUACCAUACCACACAACACACCACACACACCACACUGCACUGCACCGCACCGCACCAUACCUCUCGACACCACACCUCACCACACCACACCUCACCACACCUCACCACACCACACCUCACCACACCACACCUCACCACACCUCACCACACCACACCUCACCACACCUCACCACACCACACCUCACCUCACCACACAACACACCACACCGCACUGCACCAUACCUCACCACACCUCACACCACACCACAGCACACCUCACCACACCACACCGCACCAUACCACACAACACACCACACCGCACUGCACCAUACCUCACCACAUCUCACCACACCACAGCACACCUCACCACACCACACCACACCACACCACACACCACACCACACACACCACACCCCACACCACACCACACCACACACACCACACCCCACACCACACCACACCUCACCUCACCUCGCUGCCCACACGCGGCGCAGGCUGCCCGCCUCCUGGAGAGCACACUUCAGCUGAAACAGUAAAGCCUGAUGGGUGCAAAUGGAACCUGGAUGUGUGCAUGUGUGUCCCAGGCAGGGACGGCACAGGAGGGUGCAUGGGGCGUGGGGGAGCUGAGCAAGGGUCGCUCACUUAGAAAUGUCUUUGGAAUGGUAUUUAACUAAUGCUGCUGGCGGACAUCCUAAAACCAGAUGCAUCCUCAGAGGAUGAGUCUACUAAUUAUUGCCUUUUCUGUUGUAUUACAAACCUGCAUAAAAUACCUCAUUUCAAAUCAAAUCUUACAAAUUUAGAAGAGAGAUGUAUUUUCCGAAAACAGUGGAAGGCCUUUGUUCCUUCCCGGGUUUGUCCUGAGCCUGCACUGUCCUCGCCUGCAGCCUCAGAGGGGCAGGCAUCCCCGCACAGACUUGACCGGCAGGGCGGUCACAGGACCUGCGGGCUGGCCACGAGUGGCAGCCCAUGCCUUCUGCAGGGUAUGGGUUGACACUUGACAGGUUGAAACCAGUGCCUCUAUGGACGGCUGCUGUGGCCCCUUCAGACAAUGGGCAGUGCCCACCCCGCCCACUGGCAUCUGCGCGUGAGGGCUAGGCCGCCCCGCCACACAUCCCGCCCCCUCCCAGAGGCAGCUUCAGGAUAGGACACCAGGCUGGCUGCUUUUUUUAGCCUGCCUCUGGCCCAGGCCUAGUCCUCGGUGUCAGGGAGCCCCCAGGCCACAGGUGGAGGGUGAUAAAAUAUGUUCUCUGACAGGACCCAGCCAGCCACACAGGUGGAGGUUUUCCGUGUCCAAAUGAGGUCAAGAUGCCGAAAUCCCAGAUCUGACUUCACACUUCCCUUUUCUAGAACCUUUUAUAAAAGUUGGUGGCAGCAGAGGCAGCCCCAGGCUGGGCUGCACCUCUCUGUGUCUGUUGUGCCUUGCCCGGCGCCUCACGGAUGGCAAAGCUCUCCUCACCCAUGGGACUGUAGUGCAAUUAAACCUGCGUCUAGGUGAUGCUUUUAAACUUGUAGCUUCGUGCUUUGUACGGUUUUCUUUCUGGUUUUAAUUUUUAGUUGUGCUUUGAGUCAGUGCAAUAAACUAGACUUUUUCCAAA